AUGACUAUUACUUCCCCUCGUCACAUUGCAAUUAUUGUUACUGAUACCCCGAUAGAUGGGAUAUACGAAAAAUAUGGUGAUUUCGGUGACAGAUCUAUAAAUUUAUUGGAAAGUGCAGAGUGUAAGACACCAACGAAAAAAUAUCAGGUAUGUUUCGAAGAAAAAUCGGACUAUACUGAAGCAUUGAACAAUGUCUUUGCCGAAUUGGAAAGAAACUGGAAUUCAGGUGUAAUACAGGCCGUUCUUAUCACUGGAUCAAGAACUGAUUCGUUUGCGAGCCACUUGCCCUGGGUAGCAAGAUUGGACAAGUUCCUCAAAGAAUAUAUAUUGGAUGCAGGAAACACCACCAUUCCAACUGCUGGUAUUUGCUUUGGCCAUCAAAUCAUGGCUAAGAUGCUUGGUUGUAAAGUAGGCAGAAAUUUACCAGAGCUUGGGUAUGAACUUGGUAUCACCACGGUGGAAUUGAAUAGAGAAAUUUUUGAAAUUGAAAAAUCUCCAUUUUUGAGUCUGCUUGUUCACGAGAACUCCAACUUGUUUGACCAUCUUAAUAUUGUAGAGUUUCAUCAGGACAUAGUAUACGAUUUACCUCCUCCAGGGGUGUGUGAAGCUCUUAAUACAAGUUUUAAGGGUAUUGGUUCAACUGCAAAGUGUGCUAUUCAAGGUAUCGUAACUGCAAAUGGUAAUGUAAAGAUACUCACAUUCCAGGGCCACCCAGAGUUCACAACCCCAGAAACUCUAGAUAUGCUUCAGUCAGAUUUGGACCAGAACAUUAUCACUAAGAAUCAGUUUGAAAAGAGCGUAUAUGCUACCAAGCUGUUGAAUAAUCAAGGGGUAAUUAUUGGUAAAUCUAUAGUAGAAUUUUUCAAGUUAAACCUGGUAUAA